GGAAGUAACGGAUCGAAUUCCGGUGUCGUGCAUCGCUACCGUGAAAAGUCAGGUUUUUCUUGUAGGUGGAAGAAAUCGCUCUUUGGCCUUCGUCCCUAUAGGGGGAGGAAGCCUGAAGAAGAAUGGCCAGCUCCAAUUCUCAACACAUGGUCUGUGGGUCAGUGACAUUUAGGGAUGUGGCUGUUGACUUCUCUCAGGAGGAGUGGGCCUGCCUGGAUGCUACUCAGAAGAUCUUAUACAGGGACAUAAUGUUGGAGACCUAUAGCAACCUCGUCACCGUGGUGGGAAGUUGCAUUUUCAAGCCAGAUCUGAUCACCUUACUAGAGCAGGAGAAAGAGCCCUGGAUGGCUGUGAAGGAAGAAACAGACAGGCUGAGCCCAGACUUGGAGAUGGAUUAUGAUGCUGAAAAUGUGUCUCCAGAAAAUCCUAUUAAUAAUAGAAACUUUCUCAAACAGAGCAUAAAACAAUUAAGUAUAACUUUUGACCUGAAGGACUCUAGAACUAGUAAUGGCCCCACCUAUAGUACAUUCCAUGGACUACAAGGAGAUCAAGGAGAUGCUGAUGAAAAGGUUAUUAACAAGGAAGAAAUGCCUACUUUUACCAGCCAGACUCUUACUCAGACUAUAGAAAAAGUAUAUGAAUGUAAAGAGUGUGGGAAGUACUUUGGUUGUAGGUCAACUCUUAUCCAGCAUCAGAGUAUUCACACUGGAGAGAAGCCCUAUGAAUGUACAGAUUGUGGAAAGGCCUUCAGACUCCCUCAACAGCUUACAAGACAUCAGAAAUCUCACAGUGGUGAGAAACCUUUCAAGUGUAAUGAAUGUGGAAAGGCUUUUCAUCUUCCUGAUCUACUCAAAUACCAUAAAACCAUUCAUACAGGUGAAAAACCAUUUGAAUGCAGGGAAUGUGGGAAAUCCUUCAACCGUGUCUCUAACCUUGUUGCACAUAGAAUUAUUCAUGCAGAUGUGAAACCAUAUGAAUGUCAUGAGUGUGGGAAAGCCUUUAAACGUCGCUCAAAUCUUGUGCAACAUGAAAAAAUUCAUUCUGAUGAGAGACCCUUUCAGUGUAAGGACUGUGGAAAGGGCUUCAUUGUUCUGGCACAGCUCACUAGGCACCAGAACAUUCAUACUGGAGAGAAGUCAUUUGCAUGCCAUGAAUGUGGAAAGGCCUUCAGACUCCCCCAACAGCUUACAAGACAUCAGAAGUCUCACAGUGGUGAGAAACCUUUCAAGUGUAAUGAAUGUGGAAAGGCUUUUCAUCUUCCUGACCUACUCAAAUACCAUAAAACCAUUCAUACAGGCACAAAACCAUUUGAAUGCACAGAAUGUGGGAAAUCCUUCAACCGUGUCUCCAACCUUGUUGAACAUAGGCUUAUUCAUGCUGAUGUGAAACCACACAAAUGUAAUGAGUGUGGGAAAGCCUUUAAACGACACAAAAGCCUCAUGCAACAUCAGAAAAUUCAUUCUGGUGAGAGACCCUUUCAGUGCAAGGAAUGUGGAAAGGCCUUCAUUGUUCUGACUCAUCUCACUAGGCACCAGAGCAUUCAUACUGGAGAGAAGUCAUUUGAAUGUAACGAAUGUGGCAAGAAAUUCAGAACUGCCACACACCUUGUUAUGCACCAGACUAUUCAUACAGGUGAGAAACCCUUUGAAUGCAAUGUAUGUGGCAAGGCUUUUCGGCUUCAGGUAUACCUUUCUGAGCAUCAGAAAAUUCACGUUGAAGAAAAACCCUUCAAGUGUAAGCUCUGUGGGUCAGCCUUCAGACGUAAGUACCAACUUAAUGAACAUUACACAAUUCAUACUGAUGAAAAACCCUAUCAGUGCAAGGAAUGUGGGAAAUGCUUUCGUCAAAGGUCCAAUUUUACUGAACAUCAGAGUAUUCACACUGGAAACAAACCCUUUGAGUGUAAAGAUUGUGGGAAGUUCUUUAGACUUAAUACACUUCUCAUUCGUCAUCAGAAAUCUCACAGUGGUGAGAGACCUUAUGAGUGUAAAGAAUGUGGAAAGGCUUUUCAUCUUCCCAGUGAGCUUAAUAACCAUCAAAUUGUUCAUACAAGUACAAGACCCUUUGAAUGCAAGGUAUGUGGGAAGUCCUUCAAGCGUGAAUCCACCCUCAUUCAACAUAGUGUUAUUCAUGGUGGUGUGAAAUCAUAUGAAUGUAAAGAAUGUGGGAAAGCUUUUAUUCAUCGCUCAAGCCUGUUCCACCAUCGGAAAAUUCAUUCUGAUGAGAAACCUUUUAAGUGUCAGGAAUGUGGAAAGGCCUUCGUUGUUCUGGCAUACCUCACUCGACACCAGAGCAUCCAUACUGGAGAGAAAUCAUUUGAAUGUCAGCAGUGUGGGUCAAGCUUCAGAUUUAAGUCCCAACUCAACAAACAUCAGAGAAUUCAUACGGAUGUGAAACUCUUUCAGUGCAUGGAAGGUGGAAAUGACUUUGUUCAUGGAACAAACCUUAGCAUUGAUCAGGGAAUCCAUACUGGUGAGAAUUCCUUUCAAUGUAAUGAAUAUGGGGAAGCUUUUAAAUACCAUUACCAAUUUCCUUGGACAUUUUAGAAUUCAUAUUGACAAGAAUCUUUAUGAAUGUAAAGAAUGUGGGAAGUAGAGAUGUUAAAGUACAUCAAAGAAUUCACACUGUUGAAAAACUAACAGUGUGAAGAAUAUCGGAAAACAUUUAGUUGAUUAUGAAACUUGUUUUGACAUUAUAAAUAUAAUAUUAAUAAGUCUUAUGGUGUAAGGCAAAUGGAAAGGCCUACAGUAAUUCCAAGCUAGCUAGAUGUAUAUCAGAGAAUUUCUACUGAUGAGAAAUUCUAUGAAUAUAAGUAAGGUGGCAAAAUGUUUAGAUUUAGUUCAGCCUUCAUGCACAGUGGCAAAUUCAUAUUGGUAAUAAAGCCUAGCACUGGAAAGAAUGUGCAAAGAGCUUUAAUUGGAGCUUAGGGCUUCUUCAGAAUCAAAGAAGCCAUGCUGGUGUUAAUGUAAUGAAUACAAGGAGUGUGAGAACAUUAAUAGAAUUAGCUGUUAAAGCUCAUCAGAGAGUCCAUAUAGGUCUGAAACCUUGUGAAUGUGAAGACUCAGAAAAAGCCUUUAUUGUAAAUGGUGAGCUUACAAAACAUGAGUAAAUCCAUAAUCUCCAGCAGGCCUAUCCAUGUAAGGAAGGAAGACAAGCCAGCGUAUGAAAAUGUUAUUGAACACCAGAGAACUCAUAUUGGGAAGACUGUGACUUAAAAGAAUGUGGGAACUUUAAUCUGUCCUGGGAUUUGUUCAACAUCAAAAUAUUCAUGUGCUGUUGCUGUCAAGAAACCCUCUGGAAUAAGAAUGUGGGAAGUCGGUUGUUCAGAGAAGAUACUCUGUUGAGAAUGUCUUUUAUUGUCAGAAAUACAAGGUUGUGAUCAUGUUCUUGAUUUACUCUCAUCUUGUUAGUUGUAUAAACUUAAUUCACUGAUUAGUCACCAAGGGCUGUCAGCUAAGGGAGAGCAACUAUUGCAACUAGGUUUGUCUGAGAUGCUUUUUUUCCCACCAUGGUUCCUUUGAUAUUAGAGUAGAUUUUACUUUUUGCAUUAUUUGUUAAUGGCUAGCACAGGACCAACCAAAGUCACAGCAACAGAUUUAUUUUAUUUUAUUUUUCUGAGACAGGGUUUCUCUGUGUGUCUCUGGCUAUCCUGGAACUCACUCUGUAGACCAGGCUGGCCUCGAACUCAGAAAUCCGCCUGCCUCUGCCUCCCAAGCGCUGGGAUUAAAGGCAUGUGCCACCACUGCCCGGCAGCAACAGAUUUAUAAUAGAUAAUAAAAUCCUUGACAGUAUUUGGUCAAUGCCCAUGUUCUAUAAUAUAGUUUUUACAUAGUUUUAGUUUCAUGAGCAUUAGUAUAACUGAAAUGAAAGCCUAAUUGCACUUUAGAUAAUUUAGGAAAAGUCUCAUGGUUUUACCCAUUAUUAAAUUUUAAAUAAUUUUAUUCUUGAUACAUGUAAUGGAUGGUUAGAAACAUGAAAGUAUUUGAAUUGUGAGUCCAUUUCUUAAGUAUUUGUGUGGUAAAGUUUUAAAACAGAGUCAUUGAUGAAAAGUACUUUCUAAAGGAAUAAAAAACAUAAAAAGUUAAAUAGUCAGAAUCCUAUUAUUUAUGCCUUCUCCACAAAUAAAAAUAAACUAUACAUUUGUGAUAAGACAAGAAAGUUGUUGGAUCCUCCAUCUCUUAUUCUUGCUGAGAACAUUUUAGCUUCAACUAUAAUUUGAUUCCCUUGAUGGAGAUCUUGUAGAAUAUCCAAUUCUACUGGAGGUCAAAUUGCCUCUGAUAAUUUAUCGUGGCUUCUGUUUAAACCUCCUACUCCAGCUAUCUGCUUAUCUUGGCAUCUAUUAAACUGCCUGCUUGGGGAAAAGCUCCCCCCCUGCAGCUCCCAAGCAAGAUAAUAGAAUGUGGUUUUAUUCUAAAUGCUUGGGAUUAUACUUGGGUCCCAAAUACCUGAAUGUACUCAGAGCUGGCUGGAAUAAAGACUUUUAUUUGGCUCUAAACUGUGUCUGAGUGGGCAUCUCUGAUGGGCAACCUGUAACACCUUAACAAAAUAGCCAGAUUGAAACUACUUAUAAAAAUACAUAUGUGAAAUUUUACAUCCAUGUUGAAAGCUUGGAAUAUUCAAUACAUAUCUGUAUUCUCACCUAGAUUGAAAAUUGUCAAUAAUUUACAAGAUUGAUCCUGUUUUUCUUUGUAUAUAGAUUUGAGGAUGUGCCAUUAAUAUGUUUUAGAAUUGAGUGUGGUAAAGUGUGUCUGAGUCCUAGUUAUUAUAAAGCUGAAUUAGGAGAAUCGAGUUGGAGGCAAGGGGCUGAGAGAUUGCUUAGUGGUUAAGAGCACCUCCAGAGGUUAAGAGCUCUUCCAGAGGUCCUAAGUUCGAUUCCCAGGAACCACAAGGUGGUUCACAACCAUCUGUAAUGGGAUCUGAUGCCCUCUUCUGAUGUAUCUGAAGACAGCUACAGUGUACUCACAUAAAUAAAUCUUAAUUAAAAAAAAAAAAGUUGGAAGCAAGCCUAGCUAUAUACUGACUUUAAAUCCACUAAGGCAGUAUAGAAGCCACUAUUUAAAAAAAAAAAAAAAAGUUAUAGACAUGACAUUUUAUCUGUUAUUACAUCAGCCAAGAUAGAAUGUCAAAGUCAAAUUUUAUGGCAUGCAUACGUUUGUAAUUUACCUCCAAACUUUCCUGUUUUGAAAUGUAUAUAUUCUAAAGAGACUUCAGUAUAGAUAGAUAUUUGGCCUUGCUCUGUCCUUUAUUAAAUUUUCAGUGUUGAUUUAACCUGGAGUUUUGUUAGCACAGUAGGGAUGUUCUCAAUCACCCAGCUGCAUUCAGUCCUUAGGUGUUGUAUUUUCUAUCGAAGGGAAAUUAGUUUCAGAUGAAACAUUUUGAGUAAGAACACAUUGUAGAUUAUGUCUUGUAACAUGUCCAGAAACAUGUCAGCUAUCACAUUACUGAUGAAAUUAAGUUUCAUUUGGAUAAGAUGGCAGGUGCCAGAGCUCUAUUAAAAGAUCUAGUUUGUUAUGGUUAAGUGAUCUAUGUGGAGAAGCUAUUACUUCCAAGCAUAAAUAUGUAUAGUUUAAUCUUGAGUAAAUACAAAUAAAGAUUGAAAUCAACAUUAAAUGGAUAGCAUAAUGAUGCAUGCUGUAACUUGAACACCAUAAUUCAAGUUGUGUGGUGUAACUGAUGCU